GUAUAAGAGUGAUAGGUUUUCAAAUGAAUCUCCACCCACAGUUUGUUGAAUUACAUCAUUGAUGAACUAUCUGGCAGAGCACGUCUGUGCUAAAACUGGGUGGAUGCUUACAAAGUUGUGUGGAGGACAUGUAAGAUACAAUCGUUUCACAAGCCUUGUAUACUCUAUUUUUGAUUUUGCCAAAAGGGCAGCGGGACCUUUUCUUUGCAUUGCAACGCAAAUCUCAUUCCUCUGGAAAUCCAUGGAAAUUCCCCAGAACACAAAUCUGGCCCCAUCUGCUCUGUUUGCAGGCACAGCUGCAUCAUGCAUCAGUUACUACUGGCUGUUUGCCUGCUGUCUCUGUUCUCUGUGCUGACUGUAGACUCAUCCAAGAAAGGACGCAACUUCACUAUCCAUUCAUCUCAGCUUAGUUGCAGUUUGCCAGGGCCUCAGGGUCCUCCAGGGAGUCCAGGUACAGCAGGUCCCAGCGGUAGAGUAGGCAAGAUGGGGAUGCCAGGCGUUGAUGGCCAGGAUGGCAAGGACGGUGACAGGGGAGAGAAGGGAGAGAAAGGUGGACAGGGUCGUCCUGGGAACCCUGGAAAACAUGGACCUCAAGGACGCCCAGGACUUGUUGGGAAGGCAGGGCCAAGGGGCCUAAAAGGGGUACGUGGGGCACCUGGUGUAUCUGGAGUCGCUGGGAUCAAAGGAGAGGUGGGAGAUAUGGGGGAAACUGGUGCCCUCGGGGGCUGUGACUGUGGAACAGAGGCACGAUCUGCUUUCUCAGUAGCGGUAACCAAGAGCUAUCCCAAGGAACGCACGCCCAUUCGCUUUAACCGGAUAUUAAUGAACGAGGGUGGCCAUUACAAUGUCACCAGUGGCAAGUUUAACUGUGCGAUUCCUGGUGUGUAUUACUUCACAUAUGACAUCACUUUGGCUAACAAACACCUGGCAAUUGGGCUUGUUCACAAUGGCCAGUACAAGAUCAGAACAUUUGAUGCUAACACAGGAAACUACGACGUGGCCUCAGGAUCAACAAUACUCAGACUGCAAAAAGGAGAUCAGGUCUGGCUUCAGAUCUUCUAUUCAGAACAAAAUGGGCUGUUUUUUGAUCCAUUCUGGACUGACAGUCUUUUCACAGGAUUUCUCAUUUUUGCUGAUCAGGUGGCUGCAAAUGAGGCGAACAUAACGACCAAUUCUGGAUCAUCCUGAUUUAAAAAUCUAUUUGUCUCAUAUACAUUUUAUAAAAUAGCCCCCGAUAAUCCAGUGUUUACAGAUCCACCACAUCAGUAUUAGAGCAAAAUGAGGGACAAAGACUAAUUAAUGAUUAAGUAUUAACAAACAUGAGUUGUCAAGACCUAAAUCUAUUCCUUUGUAUUAUGGAAAGCUAUUUUCUUACUGCAAGUAUUUUGCAACCUUGACCCUAAUCUUAGGCCCCUAAAAAUCAAAGCAACCUUUUGCCUCAGGGGACUUUUAGCCACGUUGUACACUAUGAUGUUAGACACACAUGACCUUUGAUCUUCUAAAAGCUGGCCUAUUAAUGAUUGUAUUUUACUUUCUAUUGUUUAUUUACUAUUCACAUCUAAUCAUGUAUUCCACUAUGGUUCAAAGGUUUAGUAUGACCUUGUCUCAUUGGAACACGCUAUCACUGUUGAUUUGUGAAACCCUCCUUUUGAAGUGUAAUUUUGUCUGAAAAUAGCAGUCAACCAUGCUGGUGUCAUUAUCUAAUCAAUAGGCUACUAGGUUCAUGAACAAAACCACUGUUGACAUAAACAGUAGCAUGAUGCAGUAAUUGAGCCUAUGGUCACUCGAGUGAUCAUUAAAGGAUGAGUAAAGACA